AUGAGGGCUGGUGUUGAUAUCUUUGCUCUUGACUAUGAUGCUAUUAUUGCUGCCAUGUAUGCAUUGACUGUUAGUGCCGAGGGAGACUGUUACUUGUGUGUGCCGCCUGACCCAGGUAUAGAGCCCGCUGCCCUGGGUACUAGUGAGUCUGCUCUCUCUGGUAUGGUGCCCCCUGUACUUGCUCCCUCCAGUGCUGUCCCGGCUGUUUGCGAGUCUGCUCUCUCAGGUACAGCACCCACAGAGACUGCUCUCUCAGGUACCGCACCGGCUGAGGCCUGUCACACCUUCACCCUUGACUCAGUCCUUGCCCAGUCCACCACUGUGCUCCCUUGUCCGGCGGUUCCGUCUGGCUCGUUGUCUGGUUUCCACCUCCCCUCGUUCUCGACGAACCUGGUGAGCAACGCUGUCAUCCAGGAUCAGUGGGUUGACACCUUUACCCCUGGAGGACAGCGUGUGGCGAUCUGCACGUGCUCCAGGACCGGCCGUCACCUGGCUACGUUUACCCGUCGGCCGGGGUCGAGUCUCUACACACUGACCACUGCGUCUCCUCAGGUCGCUGCUGUCGGUCAGGUGUCCGCGUCAGGUCUAGUGGCCCACGCCUCCCGCGUUCGUGGCCAGGGCGGUGAGCGGUACUUUUUACUGGUUGUCGACGACUACUCGCGUUACACCACGGUCUUCCCCUUGCGCACCAAGGGUGAGGUCCCUGCUGUUCUGAUCCCUUGGAUCCGCACAGUUCGUCUCCAGCUCCGCCGCCGUUUCCGGACGGAUCUUCCUGUCCUGCGUCUGCACUCUGACAGAGGUGGUGAGUUUUCCUCCGAUCUCUUGAGGACCUUCUGUCAGGCGGAGGGCAUCGAGCAGACCUUCACGCUUCCGGACUCUCCACAGCAGAAUGGGAUUGCUGAGCGCCGCAUUGGCCUGGUCAUGGAGGUCGCUCGUACCUCCUUGGUCCACGCGGCGGCUCCCCAUUUUCUGUGGCCGUUUGCUGUCCGGUACGCCGCGCAUCAGCUCAACCUCUGGCCCCGUGUCUCCUUGCCGGAGACCUCGCCCACACUGCGUUGGACGGGGGAGGUUGGCGAUGCGUCGCGCUUCCGGGUCGACAUCGCAGAGGUUAAGAACCGCGUCGACAAGCUCAAGACGAAGCUGUCACAGCGGUACAUCGAGCCCGGCGCCAAGUUCGGGUGCGGCAGUAAGUCCAGGCUGCUGAAGUUUCUGGAAGCCCAUGCUGAGGACCGCAACAUGAACGUGACUGGGCUGAACGCUGAUGGCGAACGGGUGAUCGAGGCCUUUGAGCUGCACGAAGAGCAACUCGACCCCGAUGAUGAAGAUGAAGGCGGCUCUGAUCUCACGGCCUGCUAUGACCUGGGACGGAGGUUUGCGGAGGCGCUACAUCAAGAGCCUCUCAACGAGGAUGGCGGACCUCCGCCACUUUGUCGGUGUGCAGUUUUUUGUUUCUUCCAGCUACCCUUAUCGCUGGGGUGA